AUGUUACAUACCGCGUCAAGUGUCAAGGACAACUAUGGACUCGCCAUGCUAACCAACCCCGACCUAGGAACGACUGGAACGCAACUGAGACGCUACUGGACCUAUAUGAAAUCCCAAUGCCAAUCGACAUGGAUUCGGACUCGGAUAUCACAACCGCCAUUCAAAGGACCCCAUCUCCUGUUCUACGUCGUUCAACAAGGAUCCCGAAGCCGACGACUGAUUCCUCAGCCGGGCGUUCUGCCAUCCUGUUCGAGCAAGCGCGCAAAAUCGCUCGAUUAG